CGCCCCGCGACCCGGAAGCGGUGUCUCACUGCCCCGGAAGUGAAAGUCGCACUGCAGCUGGGUGAGCGACAAUGCCGCUCCCGGUUCAGGUGUUUAAUUUGCAGGGGGCGGUGGAGCCCAUGCAGAUUGACGUGGACCCUCAGGAGGAUCCCCAGAACGCACCUGAUGUCAACUAUGUGGUGGAGAACCCCACCCUGGACCUGGAACAGUACGCAGCCAGUUACAGUGGCCUGAUGCGUAUCGAGAGGCUGCAGUUCAUCGCUGACCACUGCCCCCCUCUGCGAGUGGAGGCCCUGAAGAUGGCGCUGUCCUUUGUGCAGAGGACCUUCAAUGUGGACAUGUACGAGGAGAUCCACCGCAAGCUCUCGGAAGCCACCAGGGAGCUGCAGAACGCGCCUGAUGCCAUCCCUGAGAGUGGCGUGGAGCCCCCAUCCCUGGACACAGCCUGGGUGGAGGCCACACGGAAGAAAGCCCUGCUGAAGCUGGAGAAGCUUGACACAGACCUGAAGAACUACAAGGGCAACUCCAUCAAGGAGAGCAUCAGACGUGGCCACGAUGAUCUGGGUGACCACUAUCUUGACUGUGGGGACCUCAGCAAUGCCCUCAAGUGUUACUCCCGGGCCCGAGACUACUGCACGAGUGCCAAGCACGUCAUCAACAUGUGCCUCAAUGUCAUCAAGGUCAGUGUCUACUUGCAGAACUGGUCUCAUGUCUUGAGCUACGUCAGCAAGGCCGAGUCUACCCCAGAGAUUGCUGAGCAGCGUGGGGAGCGGGACAGCCAGACCCAGGCCAUCCUUACCAAGCUCAAGUGUGCUGCAGGCCUGGCUGAGCUGGCUGCACGCAAGUAUAAGCAGGCAGCUAAGUGCUUCCUGCUGGCUUCCUUCGACCACUGUGACUUUCCUGAGGUGAGGGGCUUCCCCGAGCUGCUCUCACCCAGCAACGUGGCCAUCUACGGUGGCCUGUGUGCCCUGGCCACUUUUGACCGACAGGAGCUGCAGCGGAAUGUCAUCUCCAGCAGCUCCUUCAAAUUGUUUUUGGAGCUGGAGCCACAGGUUCGAGAUAUCAUCUUCAAGUUCUAUGAGUCCAAGUAUGCCUCGUGCCUGAAGAUGCUGGAUGAAAUGAAGGACAACCUGCUCUUGGACAUGUACCUGGCUCCCCACGUCAGGACCCUGUACACCCAGAUCCGCAACCGUGCCCUCAUCCAGUAUUUCAGUCCUUAUGUGUCAGCUGAUAUGCGCAAGAUGGCCAUAGCCUUCAACACCACGGUGGCAGCACUGGAAGAUGAGCUGACCCAGCUCAUCCUGGAGGGGCUCAUCAAUGCCCGCAUUGACUCCCACAGCAAGAUCCUGUAUGCCCGGGAUGUGGACCAGCGCAGCACAACCUUUGAGAAGUCCCUGCUGAUGGGCAAGGAGUUUCAGCGACGUGCCAAAGCCAUGAUCCUACGGGCAGCUGUGCUGCGCAACCAGAUUCAUGUCAAGUCACCACCCCGAGAAGGCAGCCAGGGUGAGCUGACCCCGGCCAACAGCCAGUCCCGAAUGAGCACCAACAUGUGAGGGCCAAGGGCCGGGCCUCACCUGAAGACUUGACACCUGCCUUCCCUGUGCUUCUGGAGGUGCCGCCUCCUGUGGUCCAGCUGCUGGAGGCCACCCUGUGCUGAGAGGUCCAAGAAGUGGGUGGCAGCUCUCAGCCCUUCCUGGAGAAGCCUGAAGGGCUACUGCACACUGCCUGGUCCUCUCCUGCCUCCCAGCCGCCAUUUGUGUGGUUUGGAUUAAAGGGCAGCCUGAGAACA